AUGGAGCAGUUUGUCCGGAAGCGUUUGACUUUCCUGACGUCCUUCUGGAACAAGCUCCGUCCUCGCUCUGUGCCGGAUAGCUGCUCGCUGGCUUAUCUUGGUUCCGAUUCCGUCUCGCUGCACUCGGAGCAGAGCUCCGUCUCCUUCAUCCCCAAGUCCUCCCUCUUCAUCGCUUUAUACGCUUUCACAGCCCGCAGCGCGGAGGAACUGAGCGUAAGUGCGGGCGACAAGCUGCGUGUCCUCCGAGAAGAAGGAGACUAUGUCUUAGCCCGGCGGCUGCUGGGGGAGCCGGCCAUGGGCUACGUCCCCGCUGCCUACGUGGCCAACCUCAGCCAGGGCACCUCGGCUCACCGCCCCUGGUACUUCAGCAAAAUCAGCCGAAAUGAAGCUGAGCAGCUCCUCCUCUCGCCUCCCAACCAGCACGGCUCCUUCCUCGUCCGGGACAGCGAGAGCAGCAAGGGUGAAUAUUCUCUCUCAGUGCGCAACCAGGCAAAGGUCAGCCACUUCCGAAUCUGCAAGAGCCCCGGCGGCAGCCUCUACAUCCAGAAGGGACAUCCCUUCCCCGACAUGGAGGAGCUCCUCGCCUUCUACACUGAGCACUGGAAAGUCAUCCAGAGCCCCUUGCUGCAGCCCUGCAGCCCCGCGACUCCCCCUGAGAGGGAUGGCUGGGAGCGCCCACGCUGGGAGUUCACCCUCCGGAAGAAGCUGGGCGAGGGCUACUUCGGAGAGGUGUGGGAAGGACUGUGGAGGAACACGGUGCCGGUGGCCAUCAAGAUCAUAAAAGCUGACAUGAAGGCAGAAGACUUCACCAAGGAGAUUCAGAACCUGAAGCGCUUGAGGCAUGAGAAGCUGAUCCAGCUGCACGCCGUCUGCUCGCUGGAUGAGCCUGUGUACAUCAUCACAGAGCUCAUGAGGAAAGGCAACCUCCACAGCUACCUCAACAGUCCUGAAGGGAAGUCCCUGGGUACCUCCCACCUGCUCAACAUCGCCUGCCAAGUAGCGGAUGGGAUGAGGUACUUGGAGGAGAAGCACAUUGUCCACCGGGAUCUGGCAGCCAGAAACAUCCUCGUGGGAGAGGAACUCACCUGCAAAAUCGCCGAUUUUGGACUUGCCCGGCUCCUCAAGGAUGACAUUUAUUCCACCAGCAGCAGCACCAAAAUCCCGGUGAAGUGGACAGCCCCGGAGGCAGCCAACUACCGCACCUACUCCCUCAAGUCCGAUGUCUGGUCCUAUGGGAUUCUGCUCUACGAAGUCUUCACGUAUGGACAGAUCCCGUAUGAAGGAAUGACGAACCAAGAAACUGUACGGCAAAUCACCAGGGGAUACCGCCUUCCCCGGCCCAGCUCCUGCCCUCCUGAGAUCUACAGCAUCAUGCUGGAGUGCUGGAGUGGUAACACAGAGGAGCGUCCUACCUUCCUGGCCCUGCGGGAGAAGCUGGGCUUCAUCUACAGACGGCUGCUCAGCUCCCUCUCCUGA